AUGGAAAUCGUCAGUGAGAUUUACCAGGUAACUGGUCCAGUGGAACGCUUUGCGGGACAAAUUGCCAGCCAGGGGUAUAUUGUCGCCUGUCCAUCAUCCUUCCAUGAGUUCGAAGGGCCGGAUCCGAUUUCGUACGACACAGAAGGUACCGAUAGAGGGAACAAGUAUAAGAUUGAGAAGGAAGUAGCAGCAUAUGACGAAACCAUCUCACUGGUAUUCGUUAAGGACGCUACCCUUUCUAUCGAUCUAUUAUGUUCCCUGAAGAAUUGCAAUGGCAGAAUUGCCUCAACCGGGAUGUGUCUAGGAGGGCAUCUCUCAUUCCGGGCUGCCUUCGACUCGCGUGUCCUGGCGUCUGUCUGCUUCUUUGCAACAGACGUACACUCUGCGACUCUCGGCAAAGGAAAAAAUGACGACUCACUUGCCCGAGUGCGCAAUGGCGAUUUGACCGGAAAGGGCGAACUUGUGAUGAUUUUCGGGAAACAGGACACGCACGUUCCUCGCGAGGGUAGAGAUUUAAUAAGGAAGACGCUCGAAGACGCAAACGUCCCCACUUCUUUUUUGGAAGUCCAAGCUCAGCAUGCCUUCAUCCGAGACCAAUCUUCGAAAGAUCGAUGGGACGCAGCGCUGACGAGAACUUUAUUCGCAUUUAUGAUGGAGGUCUUUGAGCGCACUGUCGCCCGAGAUCUAGGUCCAAGGGAUGAUGAUGUUGGUACAGUUGAACACACCUGUUAA